UGGGUGAUGGGUUGGUGACGUAAACCUAACGGUGCGGGCGCCCCGCGGUACAGCGCCCAGCUGAGCUGAGCGACUUUGCACGCGCGCGGCCCCCGCGACGACCGCGCUCGUGCGUGCGCGUGCGUGUCUCGCGCCGCUCUCUCUCUCCCCCCCACUGUGUGUCUCUCUCUCAAGCGUUCGCUCUCAUUUCACUCUCGCGCGGCGCUCGCUCGCUCGCUCACUCGCUUGUCGAGGCGUCCCUUGUGCGCGCCCACCGCACCACCACCACCAUCUUCAUUAUUUUCGUCUUGUUUGGUGCGGGUACGCGCGCUCGCUCGCUCCUUCGCUCCCUCGCCCUUUGCUCGUUCGGGGGUGCCGGCCGGCUGCGAGUCCAGUGGGGGGUGACGGUGGUGGUGGUGACAAGUAACGGGCGAUGAUGGCGUUCGCGCCGGGCGUGGCUGUGGCCGCGUUGGCGCUGGCGCUGGGCCUCGUGUUGUGGCUCAUGCAUCUCGUGUCCAUCGCCUUCACACGCAUCCACCUGCGGAGACAGGUGCCGGACAAAGUUCCUGUCUCAUGUCUUCCUGGUGUCUCCCUCCUCAAGCCGCUCAAAGGCGUCGACCCAAACCUCGGAGACAAUCUUGAGACAUUCUUCAACAUGGACUAUCCAGAGGUGGAGAUUCUUCUCUGUGUGCAGGACAGAGAUGACCCAGCGGUGAAAAUCUGUCAGCAGCUCCUCGACAAAUACCCGAACGCGGACGCAAAACUCCUUGUGGGAGGCAAGCGAGUGGGUAUCAACCCCAAGGUGAAUAAUCUUAUGCCUGCGUAUGAGUCUGCAAAACACAGUCUACUGUGGAUCUGUGACAGUGGCAUUCGCGUGAGACCGGACACACUGUUAGACAUGGUUUUGCAGUUGUCCAAGGAUGUGGGUCUUGUCCACGGGCUCCCGUACGUGGCCGACAGGCGUGGAUUCGCAGCCACACUCGAGCAGGUGUAUUUCGGCACAGCUCACCCACGUAGCUAUGUCUCGGCACAUGUGGUUGGGGUGCGCUGUGUCACGGGAAUGUCCUGUCUGCUGCGUCGCUCGGUUUUGGACGACGCUGGGGGGCUCCAAGCGUUCGGAAAGUUCCUUGCGGAGGAUUACUUCAUGGCCAAGGCCAUCACAGACAGGGGAUGGAAACUCGCCAUGUCUCACCAAGUUGCACUGCAGAAUCCGGGUUCCUACUCAAUCUCCUCCUUCAGGAACCGUAUGAUCAGGUGGACUAAGCUGCGUCUCACGAUGGUCCCUGCGACCCUGCUGCUCGAGCCAUUGUCCGAGUGUCUCGUGUCUUCGUGUCUCAUAUCCUGGGCAUCUUACAAACUACUUGGAUGGGACCCAGCCAUUGUGUUUCUGGGACACAUCCUGGCCUGGUUUCUGGCAGACUACGCACAGCUCACCGGCGUGCACGGGGGCGCACCCCCGUUCUCGCGGAGGGAGUUUGCGGCCGCGUGGGUUGUGCGCGAGCUGCUGACGCUGCACAUCUUCGUCUCGGCUCUCCUUCACCCAAACAUCGCAUGGAGGAAAGGGACGUACCGGGUUCACUGUGGUGGCACAGCGGAGGAGACGCUCCCCGUGUAGGGGAGAGUAGACGUGUAGGAAGAGAGGGACACGGGGAAGGGAGGGGAUAGAGGAGAAAGACACGAUGAGAGAGGGAGAGAGACACACAGGUCGAGAUGGAGAUGUCGGCAGGGGGGGGGAGAGAGAUUGAAGAGGGAGACAUAGGUAUGGGAGAGAUGUGGAGGAGAGACCCAGGGAUAAGAAAAUAAAAUACAGGGAGCGGAGGGGAGAGGAAGAAUAGAGGAGACACUGGGAGAGGAGAGGAGACACUGGGAGAGGAGAGGAGACACGUGUAGGAGAUACGAGGGUAACUUUGGGAAGCGAGAGGAGACAGGAGACACAGGGAGGGGCAGGGAACACGGGGAGGAGAGAGGAGAUAUGGUGAGAGUAGUUACGGGGAUAGGAGAGGAGACACGGGGAGGAUAUAGGGAGAUACAGGGAGGAGAGAGAAGACACGGGGAGGGUAGGGGAAGACACGGGGAGUAAAGUAGACAUCUGGAGGGAAAGGAGAUGCCUUGAGGAGAAACAAGAUGCGGAGAGAGGUGAGAGGCAUGGGGAGGUGAGAGGAGACAUGGGAAGGAGAGAGAAGCCCUGGGAGGAUCCGUGCUCUCUGACAGGUUUCACCUGGAUGAACAGAGCACUGUGACCAGGCCUCCUCGUGGGGCUCACUGAUGGAGCUCUGCAUUCCACUGAGCUUCCUGAAAGAGCUCUGUAUUACACUGUGCCUCCUCAUGUAGCUCCAGAAUGGAGCUCUGUGUUAUAUUGGACCUCCUUAUUAAGCUCCAUGAUGGAGCUCUAUUACACUAGGUCUUCUCACGAAGUUCUCUAUUACGCUGGACCUCAUUAUGGAGUUCCAUGAUAAAUAUUGAAGACUGGGUCCCCAGGCGGAGCUCGGUAAUAAGUGGCAAGUUUCCUAAAAGUACUCCAUGACAGACCUCUAUCAGAGACUGGGCCGCAUCAUGAAGCUUGAUAAUGGGGCACUGUCAAAUUGGGCCUCCUCACGGAGCUCUGUCAAGGGGCCAUUAUUUGUUCUAUAAUACAUUGUUUAUCUGUUGGUAUUUAUAGUGUAAACUGGAGCAAGUGUGAGCUGUGUUUCUGUAUAAUUUAAAAUAACUGAGUUGACUGAG